AUGUCUACCCAAUUUUUUUCAAAAUUAAGUCAAAAUUAUAUUGAAUUAUUAGAAGAUAGUGAAUAUUAUGAUAUUACAAUUGAAGUUGGUGAAGAUCCUAAUGUAAAAAUUUUUCGUGCACAUAUGAAUAUUUUGUGUUACCGUUCUCCAUAUUUACGACGAACUUUAAGUUCUAAUAAAAAGAAUGAUAAUGGCGUUUUAUCACAUAUUAAAUUACCAAAUAUAUCACCAGAAAUUUUUCAAAUCAUAUUAAGCCAAAAUUAUAUUGAACUAUUAGAAGAUAAUGAAUACUAUGAUAUUACAAUUGAAGUUGGUGAAGAUCCUAAUGUAAAAAUUUUUCGUGCACAUAUGAAUAUUUUGUGUUACCGCUCUCCAUAUUUACGACGAACUUUGGUUUCUAAUAAAAAGAAUGACAAUGGUGCCUUAUCGCAUAUUAAAUUAUCAAAUAUUUCACCAGAAAUUUUUCGAAUUAUUUUAAGGUAUAUUUAUGGUGGUAUUAUUUCAUUGAAUGGACAAGAAACUUCGGAAAUUUUAAAUACGUUGAUAGCUACAGAUGAGCUUCAUCUCCAAGAAUUAGUUAAUUAUUUACAAAAUUAUUUAAUUGAAAAUAAUUCUGAAUGGUUGGAACAACAUUUUGAACUAAUUCAUCGAACGAGCUUCCAAUCCAAUUCUUUAUCAGAACUUCAAAAUUUUUGCACAAAUUUAAUGGCCGAAUUUCCCGAAAAAAUAUUUAAAUCGUUUGAUUUUACUUCUCUUUCUGAAAAAUCUCUAAUUUCACUCAUUAAAAAGGAUGAUUUACAAAUGAGAGAAAUUGAAGUGUGGGAGUACGUGUUGAAAUGGGGCCUUGCACAAAAUCCAACUCUCACUCAAAAUCCAGAUACUUGGUCAGAUGAUGAUUUUAAAAUAAUGAAAAACACACUACAACAUUGUUUACCUUUAAUUAGAUUGUUUAGUUUAUCAUCUAAAGAAUUGACACUAAGAGUUCGUCCGUAUCAAAAACUCUUUAGUAAACAACUUUAUGAAGACUUAAUAGACUCCUAUAUGAAUCCUGAUAGGGUAUCAACUGAUAAUAUUUUAUUUCCUAGAAAUAUCAGAACUAUUGAUUCAAAAUUAGUUAAUUCAAAUAUUGUUUCAUUUAUUUCGAAAUGGAUUGAUAAAACAAUUAUUAACAAUAGCAAAUUCGAUCAUUUAAGAGAAUUAUAUCUACCGUACAAAUUUAAAUUAUUAUUAAGAGGAAGUAGAGAUGGAUUUACUCCUAAAAAAUUUCAUGAAUUAUGUGAUGAUAUAUCUAAUACUGUUACGUUUUAUAAAGUAAAAGGGGAGAAUGAAAUUAUUGGCGGAUAUAAUCCUUUAAAAUGGAUGUCUACUAGUGGAUCUUGGCAUAAAACUGAUGAAAGUUUUAUUUUUUCUUUUAAAAAUAAGGAUAUUAAUAAUGCAAUAAUUAGUGAUAUAGAAAAUACAAAUUAUGCAUUGUGUAAUAACUUUCGAUAUGGUCCAUCCUUUGGCAAUGAUGUUAAUAUAUGGAAUUCUAACGAUCAAUUAACAGAUUAUAAUAAUAUUCGCUAUAAAAAGCUAUAUUAUAAAAAGAGGAUAAGAGAUUCUGAAGAAAUAGACGUAAACUAUAAGGAUUUAAUUAGAGGAAACGUAUUCUAUUUUAAAUUUUUUCUUUUUUUUUCAAUUAAGAAUUAUUGGAAUAAUUCCAUAGUUCCGUAGCUUCUAGUACGUUUAAUACUCGUGAUAUUAUUUAACACAUAUGAAUCCUUUUUAUGACAUGAAAUUUAAUACAAAUAC